UGCAGCAGCAGGUCACGUGUUCUUGUAGAGAAAAAUAAAGAAAUCUCUGCAGAGCUGAGGCUAACGGCGGAGUAACGGUCCUCACGGCGGAGACUCCGGGAGUGAGAAAGCAGCCAGCGAACCGAGAAAAGCAUGAGCUAGGCCACAGAGAGGCAGUGACGCUCACAGGUGAUCAGGUGUGUGUUGUAUCAGCUGCAGGAUGCCCAUCCCUCCUCCACCUCCUCCUCCACCUGGGGGACCCCCGCCUCCCCCCACCUUCAGCCAGGCCAAUACCAGCCCCCCGAAGCUGAGCAAGGAGGAGGCCAAAGGUCGUGGCGCUCUGCUGUCGGACAUCUGCAAAGGCGCCAAGCUGAAGAAGGUGGCGGUGGUAAACGACCGCAGCGCCCCGCUGCUCGACAGUAAGACUCAGACACCAAAGAGCCAAACAACCCCCACAGAGCACCCAUACAUUCGCUUAUACCAGUACCUACACCAGCAGCAGAGCCUGCCCAAACAGCAGGGGGCGCCGUCUGAGGAGCAGAAGAAGACGGUCGGAGAUAAGAGCCCCACGCUGUCGCUGGAGAGCGAUGAUGUCAUCGGAGCUGCGUGGGAGCAGCCGAAAGGAGGUGGAGCAGCAGCUGCAGGAGCCAAUGGGAGCGGAGCAGGCAGUCCAUCUGGUUCUGCUGCACCAAUCGGAGGCCUGUUCACAGGCGGAGUUCCCAAACUGAGGCCAGUCGGAGAUGGCGCCGUCGGUCGCUCUCCCUCCACUCGGGCUGCUGCGCCCCGCCCUCCCAGCCAUCGCCAUGAUGAUGCAGAGAGCCCCUCCCCUCAGGCAUCAUCACCCAUGGAGACAUCUCGCACGCCGCGUCCUUCCCUCCCCAACCUGUCUUCAUCCCCUUCCCCCUCCUCCCCCUCCUCUACAGCCUCAUCCCCCUCCACCGGCAUGAAGCACUCUUCCUCUGCCCCUCCUCCACCCCCUCCCUUAUGUCGCAGAGGUAACGCCCCCUCCCCUCCCACCUCCGCUUACAACAGAGAGAAGCCCCUUCCCCCCACCCCCAACAACACCCCUCCACUGCCCUCCAAACCCCCACCAUCUCCUAGCAACAGCAGGCGCCCUCCUACCUCGGGAGGAAACCCCGUGUCCUCCUCCUCUCUGGCCCCGCCCCCUCCACCAUACCGCAUCACUAACGGCCCAGCUGGUGGCGGUGGAGAGGCAGCACCCGAGCUGCCACAGCGCCACAACUCACUCAGCAACAAGAGGCCCGCCCCCUCACCAGGGGGCCACACCCCUUCCAGAGGCCCUGCCCCUCCACCUCCUCCAGCUUCACCUACACCCUCCCAGCAGGGUGCCAACAGGCCACCGCCCCCUGUUAGAGAGCCGCCAGGUAGAGGAGCAGCUCCUCCGGUUCCGGUCCAGACGUCCUUGAGGGCUGGUGGCAGAGAAGCCCCGCCUCCCCCUCCUUACAGGACACAUGGUAGCCCCUCCCUCUCUUCCGAUCCCCCGACCCGAGGAAAACCUCCUCCCCCGCCCACCCGCACCCCGGCCGCUCCUCCCCCGCCUCCCCCUCCUCUCCGAAACGGGCACUCCUCCUCCGUCCCUCGCUCGUUUGCGGAUGAUUUUGAGUCCAAGUACUCGUUCCAUCCUCUGGACGACUUCCCUCCUCCGGACGAGUACAGACACUUCACCAAGAUCUACCCGAGCAAGGCCAACAGAGUGAUGCGAGGAGCUCCUCCCCUUCCUCCGGUCGGGAGGUGAACCAGGAAGAUCACACACCUGGACCACACACACACACAGAGACACACACACAGAGACACACACACACACACACACACAGAGACACACAGAGACACACACACACAGAGACACACACACACACACACACAGAGAGAGACACACACACACACAGAGAGACACACACACACAGAGAGACACACAGACACACACAGAGACACACACAGAGACACACACAGACACACACACACAGAGACACAGACACACACACACAGAGACACAGACAGACACACACACAGAGACACAGACAGACACACACACAGAGACACACACAGACAGACACACACAGAGACACAGACACACAUACAGAGACACAGACACACACACAGAGACACACACACACACACACAGAGACACACACACACACACACAGAGACACACACACACAGAGACACAGAGACACACACAGAGACACACACACAGAGACACAGACACACACACAGAGACACAGACAGACACACACAGAGACACAGACAGACACACACAGAGGCACACACGCACAGACACAGAGACACACACACACAGAGGCACAUACACACACACACAGAGGCACACAGACACAGAGACACACACACAGAGACACACACACACACACAGAGGCACACAGAGACACACACACAGAGACACACACACACACACAGAGGCACACAGACACACACACAGAGACACACACACACACACCUUACAUCCAUCAUCCUGUCUGAAGUCUGCGGCGUUCCGGCUUCGUCAUCCUCGCCUUCUCCAUCGCUGCCUCAUCUACGCUCACAGCUGAUUGGCUGAGAGAGGUCUGACAGAGGGACAGACUGACGAGUCGCAGAGAGAUGGCGGGAGGAAGCACUGAGGAGCCUGAUUUAAAGGGCCAGUACAUCCGUGCACGAGUCCUCUGAGAUAAAUGUGAAGCUCGGGAGGCGCUGAGCCUCCUCUCUGCACCGUUUUCAUGUUUUUAGUUUUGCACCGGCACUUUUUGUUUUCACAGACGUCUGCACAGACGCAGGACACAAGAACAAAGUCACUCAGUGACUGAGCUUAAAGGAGCCGCUCGGCGUUUUAGGAAACCUUCUACAAGGAGCUGAUUGACAGGAGACUCGUCGUGUCCCCGAGACGAUGACGAAACAUUGAGUCGCUCCUUUAACGAGGCAGGCUUCAACUCAUGUUUCCUGUAGGAAGCUGGAUCGGGACCUGAACUGAACUCACUUCCUGUGUGAGUAGACACGAUGGCAGCGUAACUGCUUCGUCAUCGUCACCUGCCGUGGUGAUGUCAUUGACCUCUUACCGAGACUGGAGCUGGUCCGUGAGCGGGCGGGUCUUUAAGUGCCAAGUGGGAGUAACUCAUCUGGGAUCAGCUGACUCCUGCUGCAGGUCAUCAGCAGGUUAUACCAUGUUGGUGGACUGUGUGGGGGGUGAUGGAACAAACCAUCACAGACAGACUGGAAGUCUCCCACCUGCAGCGAGGACUUCCUCCCUUUUUUCUUCCCUCUAACUACAGACUAAACCUGGUGCAUGUUGUCUUUAUCUGAGCUGUGUGUGCGUGAGAGAGAGAGCACAUCAUUUCUUUUUUUAACAUGCAGUGUUAAAUAAUUACCCAUGAUGCAGAGCGCGCAGGUGUGAGUUGACACUCGCUCUGAUUUCAGGAGCUGAAUCUUGAGUUUUGUUUGAGGUUCAAAUCAGGAAGCUGACGAUGUAAAAUAAUCUGAGAGCGACGAAGUCGAGAAGUCCUGAUGAAGAGUCACACGAGUAAUGAUGAUACUAAUGAAAGUUCUUGGAAUAAUUUGUCAGUAGAAAUGCUUUAAUGGUUAACGUGAUAAAACAUUUAAUUUAAAAAAGCUCUGAAAAUAAUUUUGACUUAAUGCUCGAGUUGAUUAAAAUAAUAAAAUGACAUUCAGAGAAAAUGAGGACAUUUCUGGAAAUGAAGUCAGAUUGAUUACGUUUCUUUGAUAAAGCUGAAAAAGAGAAACUGUAACGUGUAAAAUCAGGAUGUUUUUAUUUACCUCGUUUUCUCUAACGUGUCCGUGUCACACUCAUGUUUCCAGUUUCUUGUGACUGUUUCAAUAUUUUUGAACGUACGUUCAUGUUUGAUGACUCGUUUUGUUUUUCACAUGAAGCCUUCUUCCCGUCGCGUCCUGAAUCCUGGUCACGUGACCCAUGAGCGAUUUGAGACUGAAUCUGAUGUGGUGCUCAGGUUUGAGGUGUUUGCGGUCAGAGCAGAUUUCGACUCUUCUUUUCUGGACCUUCGCUUGCGGUCCUGCAGCAGCAGAGUGCGGCUCAGUCUGCACGCUUCGUUCCAUUUUAUAGCAAACUGUCUGAUUUUGUGUUCUUUGAUGAUGCAUUUUGAACUGCAGCAGAGCCUCCUGCCCCAUGCCUGGUCUGUUCUGCCUUACACACAGUUAGACUCUGUAAAAAACUACUAAAAGCUGUAACAAAGCAACCCGUGUGCUGCAGGGUGGCGGUAGUGACGGUAACCAUAGUGACGAUAGUGUCGGGCUGUCCUGCAGCUCUACUGAGGCUGAAGCUUCAGUCCCAGUUUAACAGCAUGCUCCUCUGCUCUCAAUAAACUCCUCAGCGAC